GUGUCGGCGGGAACCGACCCCGCAAAAAAUUGGAUUCUGAGGGGGAUGCCGCGAAUCGAACGCGGGGCCUCUCCCAAGUUCAAGCAAGCGCUAUUCAGCGCUGGGUAUUACCCGAAGGGAGAAUCUAUUGAUCAACGAACGAGAGCGUACAGUCAGUACAUAGGACUUUUCAAGGUGUGGGUAUGCGCGAGGUCACGUCGGCGUGAAAGACUCACCAUACCACUAGACCACAUCCCCUUUACUAGGUGUUUAAUCGCCAGAGUAUGA